GCUGCUAUUGUGGUAGCUAUUUACAUCCGUACAAACGUGAAUCGCCCGGGCUUCUCGCCUCCAGAGCGAAAAAUAAAUACGCGAGACAAGGCGUUUGGCCGGCCGUUCCUUGCGUGCUCGGUGUGUUAGCGAACCCGGCAGAACCACGACUGAAGCGUGAGAUGAAAUGACAACGUCAACUUUGCAGAAAGCUAUUGACCUUGUGACUAAAGCCACCGAAGAAGACAAGGCUAAGAACUAUGAAGAGGCACUGCGUCUCUACCAACAUGCUGUGGAGUAUUUCCUGCAUGCCAUCAAGUAUGAGGCACACAGUGACAAGGCAAAGGAAAGCAUUCGAGCGAAGUGUGUACAGUAUUUGGACCGGGCGGAGAAGCUCAAGGACUAUCUGAAGAAUAAGGACAAGCAGGGGAAGAAACCUGUGAAGGAAACGCAGAGCAAUGACAAAGGAAGUGACAGUGAUAGUGAAGGUGAAAACCCAGAGAGAAAGAAACUCCAGGAGCAGCUCAUGGGUGCCAUAGUGAUGGAGAAGCCCAAUGUCAGAUGGAGUGAUGUGGCUGGCCUUGAGGGUGCAAAGGAGGCCUUGAAAGAGGCAGUUAUUCUCCCCAUCAAAUUUCCACACCUCUUUACAGGAAAGCGUACCCCAUGGAGAGGGAUUCUGCUUUUUGGACCCCCCGGAACUGGGAAAUCAUACUUAGCUAAGGCGGUUGCCACAGAAGCCAACAAUUCAACCUUCUUCUCCAUCUCCUCUUCAGACCUAAUGUCCAAGUGGCUGGGGGAGAGUGAGAAACUGGUGAAGAAUCUUUUUGAACUGGCUCGUCAGCACAAGCCUUCAAUUAUCUUCAUUGACGAGGUGGACUCUCUGUGUGGCUCAAGGAACGAGAACGAGAGUGAGGCUGCCCGUCGAAUCAAGACCGAGUUUCUGGUGCAGAUGCAAGGUGUUGGCAACAACAACGAUGGGAUAUUGGUUCUCGGGGCCACCAACAUUCCCUGGGUCCUUGAUGCUGCUAUUCGCAGAAGGUUUGAGAAGCGCAUCUACAUUCCCCUGCCGGAUGAGCCGGCCCGGGCACAGAUGUUCCGGCUGCAUCUGGGCAAUACGCCGCACAACCUGACAGAGACUGACCUGCGGCAGCUCGCUCGAAAGACUGAUGGCUAUUCGGGGGCCGACAUCAGCAUCAUUGUACGGGAUGCCCUCAUGCAGCCUGUGAGGAAGGUGCAGUCAGCCACACACUUCAAAAAGGUUCGAGGACCAUCCAGGAAUAACAGUGCUGUGAUGGUGGAUGACCUCCUAACCCCCUGCUCCCCUGGUGACCCAGAUGCCAUAGAAAUGACCUGGAUGGAUGUGCCUAGUGACAAGUUGCUUGAGCCCAUUGUUUGUAUGUCGGAUAUGCUGCGCUCAUUGGCUACAACACGUCCCACUGUGAACACGGAGGACCUGCUGAAGGUGAGGAAGUUCACAGAGGACUUUGGACAAGAAGGCUGAGUAGGGGGGGAUUAAGAGGAACUUUCCUGCUUCUUUAAACCCCACCUCCAACUUCAACCCUUGCAUCUAUUUGUCAUGGUAACUACUUGCAACUUAUCCGGACUACAUGUUAUAGCAAAAUUUGCAGCACUAAUUUGGACUUCUUGUCAUAGUGAGUAUUGUGGUCCAUUUUGGACUAUCAAGACUGACUCAGUGCAGAUGUGCAGCCUUCUACUAAAUGGCCAUUUUCUGUGUCUAAAGAAGAGAAUAAAGGAUAUAUGAAGGACAGUUUCCCCACCUAUUAAGUAUUAUUUUAAAGAUUUGUUCUGAAUGAAAUGCAGAAGUGUGUAUUUUAGUGUGUGUUUGUGCAUGUGCGUUUUGCAGAUUUGUUUCGGUGUGUGUCCAUCAGAGCAAUUUUAGUCACACACCAGUCCCAGACUUGUAUGUACCUCCAUAGAUUAACUACUGAUUGUUACUAAUUGCUGUCCUUUUCAUUAUCCUUUACUCGUUACUGUUAGAAAUCCUGCACCUUUGUCACAAGCAGUAAUUCAGUAUUUUGUUUAUUUAUAUAUUUAUUAUUUUGGUCUUAUUUCAUAUCACCAAAAAGAUUGUUUGAACUCUAUUUAAACAGGACUCCGAAAUGUCUGUAGUUUGACUACUCUUGACUAUAUGCUACAGUUGCUGGAUAAACCCACAGCAACUGGACAAGUUUAUUUUUAAGUUUUUCUGAGUUCCCUGACUGACUUGUGACAAUGGAUGAGUAGUAGCAUAGGAACAAAUAAUCUGCCAAAAAAUUAAACUGCACCAUAGAACAAUUGCAUUAAAACUGACAGGUACAGGUUUGUUUCACCACUCUAUUUCUGUCAGGUUGGUAUCGUUGUACAUGGAAACUUAACAAUAGAUUCACUUGUAACGUCUGUUGCUCUGCAUUCAGCUGUCGUCGUUAAAUCCGGUUUGGAAUGAUUUCAAUAAACCUCAUACAUUUCAAAACAAUCCACAGAUAUGCAUUUAUGAUUUUUUUUGGAUGUUUUUUUUACUAUUUUUUUCUAUUAAUGAUUAUCUUCAAAGUAAAUGUCAGUGAAAUGCUUAAAACUACAGACUUAUGACAAGCUCCCAUACCUCUAGUUCUUAAAAUCAAUUGUUAUUCAUGUCUCAUCACUCUAAGCAGCCCAAAAUUUUUGACUGCAACGUAAGGCAUUGCAUUUUAAUGUCUUUGUAGUGUAACAAAAAACAAAUACACAAUCUAGCAUUUUCAGCAUUACAUUUUUUUUCUUUUGUCAUUGUCCAAAUCGCACUAGGAUAUUUUGAACAUUACACUGAAUUUUCAGUUUUUUAGCAGUUAUUACCCAUUUCAUUUUAAAUUUCACACAAAGGGAGUACAGUAAUAUAAUCCAAGUUUACGUACUACACCUAUAUGAAUAUAUGCUAGCUGUAGCUCAUUGGUUUCAAAAUGUUUCUAUAUGAAUUUUUUUAUCCCGAUAUUUAGGUGUUCUAAGUUCAUUCUUUUCUUCCAGCCAGCACAUUGCAGGCUCAGUUAGAUUUAAAUUAGACCAAAUUGGCCAUUAAACCACUUUCCACCCCCUCCCUUUAUGGACUGCUUGGUGGGGGUCUGGUAAUAUGUUCCAGUCCACUGACUUGCUGCAAGGUAAAUGUAACCUGCAAACUUGGAGGUGUUUACUUCUGCACAGGAUUUUAAGGUGCUUCUGUACAUUUAUAAAAACUUGGAUUUUCUACCUUAAGUUAUGUAACCAGUUCAACAUGGUUAAGUAACUGAAACACAUGAAAAUACUCACCUGUUUCAUGCAUAAGGAAAAAUAUCUGAAUUUCCUUCAUUUAUCCAGAUUCAGUGUUCAAUCAAUGCGGUGAAUGUUUAGCUACAUCUCCAAAACCUAUAAGAACUAUUAUACUUUUCUUUGUGCUAAUAGGAACUUCACAUUUACCAUCUCUGUCUUUUGUUAAGAAUAAAUGCAGAUGAUUUGUCACUUAGCAUGUUUUGAAAACCAAGAUCUGGUUGUAUACUGGCUGCUCGAGUUAAUAGUCAUCCAGUUAUGGAUUUUGUGAAAAUAUUUUUUUUUUAAAUCCAUUUUUCUUCAUUUAGCUGUUUCAAAAUUUUCAGUUUGAAAUGGAACUAAUGCAGCCUGCUUACCCGCAGAGAGUAAAUGCACUGAAAAUAAAAGUGAAAUGCACUGAAAGAGGACAGGAUAGUCGCAGCUUAAUUCUACUCUUUCACAGUGUUUACAGCUUUUGUCUGGGUUUUCCUGAGUCUUGGAUUGUAAUGUCCCCAAUAACAAUCAUAGUGCACCAUGGAGACCACAGUGAAAACAAUACAGAAAGUUGGUUAUGGCAAGAAGAUUAAACAUUGAACAUUCUUAUGGGAUGAACUGCUUAUUGUUUGACAUAACAUGUAUUUUCUGUAGCUGUUUUAAUGUAACUUAAAAAAAUUGAAAUCUUAGUU